AAAUUUUUAGAUAUUGCACAUGGAGAAGUCUAACGAGAGUUACCGUGCGGAUGUCACCACAGAAGAGUCGCCGAGUGAGCUUGACAGCUUUAAGCACAUAAUAAGUUCCGGCGUUCAAGCGUCACUUGGUAGCGUGGUUGAUUCUUAUAUUGGGCGCGCCAACCUACAGUUGACUUCCCAGUCUUCGGUUGUUGACUCGAAGGGUGUCUGGAUGAAUUCAACUGACGGAAACCAGAAGAGCAUUGACUCUUCUUACGAAAAAAAUAAUGCAGAGGGUGUCGGAAUGGGGUAUUUGACUCGGGAAGGUGACAGCAUCUCACGGAAAUCAGAGUCAGCAACUGAGUCAGCCGAUACGGCGCUAGAUAGUCGAUUGGAGACGGGGACUUUGGAAGAACUUGAAAAACAGAAUACAUCAAAAAGAAAUCACCGACUUUCUCCAUUUCUAACUGAGAGGUGUGCAAGUGCUCCGCAGGUUCCUCAAAGAUUAGAUAGAGAAGUAUUGUCUCGUCAAAUUCAAGAGUUAUCAAGAAAAAUUACACAUGAAAAUUAUUUGGAAGUUCCUAGUUCACUGGUGUCUGAUAUAAGUGAGAUUUGGGAAAGUGAAACAUUGACCGUUCUUGGCCGACAGUUGGAUAUGUUUCACAGGAACCAUCAAUGGCAGUGUGUAGUUGUUACUCUUGCAUUACUUAAAAAUAUUCCUUUGUCGACGGAUGAUUUAAAGUCACACAAGGAAGUGGCAAGGAAGGUGUACUCAUUAUCUAGGUCGUCAAUGACUGUAUCGGCACAGGAAGAACCUUGGUUUUCUCUUGCAAUUAAGUUAGCGAAGACCAUCGUCACAAUGUGGAAGAAAACUGUCAUUGAAGCAUCAAAGCAGGAAGAAGGAGACUUGAAAACUCAAACAUCAAAGAGGUCCCGCACAGGCAACGUAGAUAGCUUGAAGAAGAGACAAAAAACACUUUCGAAGGGCUUUGAGAACCAAACAGAGGUGGACUUUGCAAAGUCUCAAAAACCGAAUCAAAAUCCAGUUACUCUUUCAGACGAUGCCCUUUUUGGAACAACUGUGCCGAAUGUGACCAUUUCGAAGCGUAACACAUCUUCAAAAUUGUCAAGCUUAUCGACCUCUCCCCUCAGUCCUGGGAAAGCCCAUAUUGCUGAGGAUACUUCCCCAUCAGUGUUUACGAGUGAAUGGAAGAAUGCUAACGGUACACAGGAACGUUUCGAGCAGUCGUCUAAACCUGGAGCGGAUAGUCAUAAUGUUGUGUCUAAAAAAAGGGUACAGUUUGCACCUCCGGAAAAGCUGGUUACUGUUCAUGAAAUUGAAAACAUUGAACAGCUUCGCCAGUGGGAAAGGGAGGAAGCAGGUUUGUCAUCAAUCGAUGCCAGUGGACAAAGUUCGUCAGGAAUUCAACAUAGUGAAACGUUUGAAGCCCAUAAGAAAAGGGAGCGAGAAAUGGAGAAGUCUCUAUUUCAAGCCAAAAGUGAACAUUUUGAAAAAGUUGUUCGAGAAAUGAAAGAGGAAAUGGAAUGGAGAAACCCAGCCUUCAUUCUCGUUGAACAUGCUGUAGUUCCAGGAUUGGAAAGCGUAGAAAAAACCAGCAGAGAAAGAACCGUUCAAAUGGUUCCAGAACGGUAUUCAGAUAGGAAUUAUUAUUCACCUUCAUCUCCAGAGCACAAACCCAUUGAACUUUCACCUUUACAAGAAAUACCUUUAGAGUCUAUUGAAACAUCUUCUCAUGCUUCUCAGCAGUUAUCAAAGCAUUCCAAUAUGACAUUUAAAGAAAACCAAGCUGCUUCUCAGCAGCCUUCUGUGAAUAAUUUUCCUUCACAGGCUUCAUUUGAUAACAAUAGCAAUGUCCUUCAGAUGUUACAGCAAAACCCGUCAGUACUGCAAUCGUUAUUGUCGGCAUUUGGGGCUUCGAUGACAGGUAAUAGCACUUUGACCGGUGCUAUGCAAGCAAGGCAGUCUGUGAACUACGGUCAACAAAACAAUAAUGGAACAGACAGUGCUGUACAUGGAUUACCAUCUACUUCAGUAACAUAUCCAGGAACUAAUUUGUUUUCGUCUGGUUUAUCAAUGGUAAAUUCAUUACCGUCUUCUCAGAGUAAUAUAGAUCCAUUGCUUUUGCAGCAAUUGGCCCAACAAAGCCAACGAGCAGUAAUGAAUCAACAACCUUUUCAAGGUCCAGGUGCUCCAUUCUUUGCGUAUGCACAACAAAAUAAGUCUUCCUUUGUGUCAGCAUAUUCAGAUGCAUUAAAUCAUCAAGAUCCCGGAAAUAUGACCAUAGGGAGUGUGGACUCUUAUGGAAGUAGUCAUUCCAUUGUAAAGAGAAGUGUGGAUGAUAAAAAGACCAAUGCUUCCAAAAAGACCAACAUUUGCUACUUUUAUAAUCAAGGAACUUGUGCAAAUGGUGACUCUUGUCGGUUUAUGCAUGUCAAAGUUCCCUACAAAGUCCCGCAUCCAAAAUCUGUGAAGAAAUAAUUUGUCGUUGGGCUUCGUAGCGAGUGAUCCAGAUUGGCAGUUGUAAAAGUAGCUGUUCUUCUUUUGAUGCGAACGUUUUGUUUCAUGGGAGCAUGACUUAUCAACUAUGGAUAUAAUAGCAUUAAUCUUGAUGGUUUAGAUCAUUAAAAUAUAAAGAGAAAGCCUGUUCA